AUGAUAUCAGUUCUACUGUGUGGAUUAGCUAGUGAAUUUGCUGGAUUUAGUCCUGCAGUUGGGACUUUCUUUCUAGGUUUAGCUCUACCUGAUGGUCCUCCACUUGGGGCAGCCCUAGUUCAUAAGCUUGAUUACCUUAUUACUGUAUUCUUCAUGCCUCUUAAUAUCGGUAUGGUCGGAAUGAGGACAGACAUCCGUCAAGUUCGCCGAAAGUUUUUAUGGCGUGCUGUAAUUACCAUGAUUUUUUGUUUCAUUGGGAAGAUUGUUGGGAUUAUGUUCGCAGGUGUACGUUAUUUUGGAGUGUCUAGGAAAGAUGGUUUCUUGCUUGGACUCAUCGUGAAUUUAAAAGGCAUUGUCGAGAUUAUCAUGCUUAAUUGCUGGGUAGAGGAUAAAGUAACUGAUCUCGGGAUGAAUACAGUCAUAGUGUUGGCAUUUGUGGUGAUAGCAGCAGUCGUUACACCACUGGUGAAUUACCUGUACGAUCCCUCACUGAAAUUUCUAGCCGACAAAAGAAGGAAUAUGGUUUCGCGUUCCAACUCAUUAGGCUUGCAUGUACUUGUGUGUGUCCAUACCCAAGAUGAUGUUCCAGCUAUUAUCACACUUCUUGAAGCCUUGAAUCCUACCAAAAUCUACCCCCUCAAGGUCUCUAUCCUCCAUCUCAUUGAGCUUGUGGGUCGUUCUUCUUCUCUCCUUACAGCCCACCCACUGAGAGAACGUUCUUCCACAGCAAAACCAAACGAAACUGAUAGGAUCAUCAGUGCCUUCGAAAAAUUACAACAAUGGAACCAUAAGGUUGUCACGAUUGAACCCUACUCUACCACCUCUCCUUAUGCUUCAAUGCACAAUGAUAUAUGCACCAUGUCAGUAGAUAAGAAGACUUCUCUUGUAAUAUUUCCUUUUCACCCACAAGAUACAACCAGUUUGAGAAAUGAUUUGGGCAGGCCAGCUAUUUCAAACCGCAAUAUUAAAAUCCUAUUUCAAAACUUGCUAGGAAUCUCGCCUUGCAAAGUUGGGAUCCUAAUUGAAGGUAACAAUCAUCAAGCUAAGAUUACUAGUAUCUCGCCAGAUAUGCCAUUCAAUGUGACUGUACUCUUUUUCGGCGGUCCUGAUGAUCGAGCAGCAUUGAGUUUCGCAACGAAUAUGAUCCAUCAUCCGUGCGUCUUUGUUACUGUUAUAAGGUUUCUUUUGCCCACUAGCUCAUCGUCCAGUGAAUCUAUUGACUAUAAUAUUGGACAAAAGUUGCUGGACGAUAAAUUGAUAGACUAUUUUAAACGUAAGAUUUUGAUCUUAUGA